GGGGGAGAGGAACAGAGCAUGGAUGAGCAGGUAGCAAAGCCGGAGGGCGAGGACAGCGAAAAGGAUGGAGAUGAGGCUGGCGGCGGCCAUUGUGUCAUGAAGUGACUGACUGACUGGACUGACUAGCACUGAGCAGAGUGUUGUAAAAGGGAACAGGGAAGACAGAAUACUGAGUGAGAGAAGUAGUUAGGAACAGUUCGAUAGCAGACGACUCUUAAGAGGUCAUUAACCUAGGUCACAUUGGGUGGCCUCGGUAAGCUUUUGUAUAAAACACGGUUUGAAACAAGUCGUACUAUCUGUAAUUAUUAUUCCAGUUUGUUCUUUCAUUCUCUCUUCCACCACAUCCCACCUCCUGUUCAUAGUAUCAAGCUCAGACCGACCAUGAACACAGCCAUCGUCACCGGCGCCGCCCAAGGCGUGGGCCUCUGCAUCGCUGAAGCCCUCGCCCAGCGCAACUAUCGCAUCGUGCUCAGCGACAUCGACACCGAAAAGGGCCCCGCCGCCGCCUCCCAGCUCAACCUCACCCACGGCGAGGGCACCGCCGCCUUCUUCCCCUGCGAUCUCUCCAAUCUACGAGACAUUGACGCCCUCCUCUCAUUUACCAUCGAGACCAUGGGCGGGUUUUCCGACAUCCAGGAUAUGAUCACCGUCAAUCUGACGGCGCCCAUCUACGCAACCCAGCAGGCUAUCAAGUACUGGGAUGAGCAUGACCAGGGCCAGACCGGGUGCGUGGUCAGCGUGACCUCCUCGUCGUCGUUCAAGACGUAUGCGAGCAUCGCACCGUACGGGGCGGCCAAGGCCGGCGCUGCCAUGUUUACCUUUGCGGCUGGGGCGUUUCAUCCGCGCGUGAGGGUGAAUGCGGUGGCGCCGACGGCAAUUGCGACGGCGUUUGACAAGAAUCGCAUGCGGGUGGAGACGGACCGUACGGGGCCGGGGUAUACGCCCGAGGAGGAGAUGCGGGCGAUGGGGUUGAAGAGGUUGCAGCCGGAGCAAGUGGCGGACGCGGUGCUGCGGUGUGUGGAGGAUGAGGGGCUGUAUGGGAAGGUCCUGUACCUGGAUGCGGUGGAGGGGAUCAAAAUACAUGAUGGAUAUACGUAGAUUAACCUAUUUGUCUUCGCGUCAUAUUCAAAUUACUCUAGGUCUUUGGCCGGCUUAUCAU